AUGGAUAUUGAAAAUUUCAGUUGUGUUCUUGGCCUCUCCAAGUGCCCUUUCAUUCAGGGAAAAGUGUUGUUAGCUCAGCCCAGGGACACUGGUUUUUCAUUUAGCCACGAUAUCAAUAGUCAUUUGGCAGGCCUCUCCAUUGCUGGAAACACGAUCCCUAUUCCCGACCCUGCUGUUGAGGCUUUCUGUGCCCCGGAUGACUUGAAUGCCAGUGUUGCAAAUCAGGGCCAGAUUAAGAUGUACAUCAACGAAGUGUGUCGGGAGACUGUGUCACUUUGCUGCAACUCAUUUCUGCAGCAGGCCGGAUUAAAUUUGUUAAUAAUCAUGACAGUUAUUAAUAACAUGCUUGCCAAGUCCGUUUCAGGCUUGAAGUUUCCUUUGAUACCAGAGGGAAGUGAAUGUGCUGAGGGGCACGUUGUGAAACCCUUGAUGGGUUUGUCUGAAAAGCCAGUCUUGGCGGGGGAGUUGCUGGGAGCCCAAAUGCUGCUCUCCUUCCUGUCCCUCUUUAUCAGGAACGCAAACAGACAGCUUCUCCCAGAAAUCCCGGCCUCUUAAAUGGCCCCCUCCAACAGGAUGGGACUGAUCCACCCUGAACCAAAACCCGAUCAGUGAACACACACUUGUGUUCUCAAUCAAAGACUCUGCAGAGGGUGCUAUUGAAGAUCCAGCCUUAGCCAAUAGCCAUAUCUCUGGGUGAAAGUUACACUUGCUAAAUCCAGGACCACUCUCUUGUUGGCCAGGCAGGGGUUCCCACAGAGCUCUGAGUAACCUCUUGGUUUUGCAGUCUGCAGGCAGUGCGCAUUGUAAAUUGCUCCCUUGCAGCCUUCUUCCUGUGGUAAAGGGAUCAUUUCAGCUGUGUGGUGAAAGAACAACAUUUUCUAGCCUGACAAGGGAUGCCUUGCCUGUGGUGGUCUCCCUGUCUAAGCUGGACCACCUUGUGGAGACCAGACCCAUGUGGGAGCUUGUGCCGAAAAUGCAUUGGUUGCUGCGUAGGUUGAAUUCCUUUUCAUUUACUCUCUUUUCUUCACGAGCCUAUGGAUGGUAAACCUAUUCAGCAAAACAUGUACACUCCCCUUCUAUGAGCUGUACUGACUCAGCCUCGUCCACCAAGUCUGCAUUUUUAUGUAUCACCAAUAAAGCUGUGUGCUUUAACUGGCAAAAACGA